UCUCAUUGGGCUGAUCGCAAUACGUGUACAAGUAUAGACGCGCGUCAUCGUCGCCGCUGCUCUAUAGUUUUAACUGUCGAGUGAUUAUUUCUUCUAUUGUAUUCUCCCGGAGGCGAUACCGCGGCACACGCACACGUGGACACGAUAGCACCAGUGCCGGCAGUUGGCAGCAGUUAUAACAGCUCCGAGAUAUACCGUCCUAUCGCUUGAAAAAGUGCCCCUAGGCGAAAAAAAGCAUCCGAGGAGGGGCAGAGAGAGCCGCUUCUUUCGUAACGCUCACGUGUAUAUAUAGAGCUUGCCGAAACGCGCCGGAUGAUUGUCACGAUUGUAUACUUUACUUACGUGGUGCAUCGUACGUUCGUUGAAGAAGAGGAGGAAUUUUGCCGCGUCGUUUGUACUUACGGUGCGUGCCCGUCACCCCCCGUUUUGGUCGAGUCUUUGGGCAAGCACAGGCCCAUCGUCUAACGGAUAUCGAGUCGCUCGGUUCGCGGUACGACGCCGGUCCGAGAAGCGGAUAAGGAGACACUGGAGCCCUCGACAAGAGAGAGAGAGGCGCCUGAUGCUGACUAAACGCGAGUCGCGUGUAUAUAUGUAUAUACAUUUAUAAAGCAUCGCUCGAGUAAAAGUCUAGACGUAACACAGCAACCCUCGAGCACGUGAUCGUCAAGAGAGUGAAUCAUUGGCCGUGUGUUUAACAAGUACAACAUCGUGAUUGUCGGGAAGUGCGUCGCCAGUGAUGCCCCGUGAAAAAUUUCGCGAGUGACGCGCCCGUUCACCAAGUGCUGUAAGAGAGAGAGAGAGAGAGAGAGGAGCCGUAUACAUAUAGCCUAUUGUCAUAAUGUCGAUCAGCAGAGUGGACAGCCGGCCGCUCUGCAUAAAAAUCCGGCUCCCCAAGUCGUCGUUACCCGACACCCAGAGUGUUGUUCCUUUCCACGUGCAUAACGGUUACGAUACCGAUAAUACAUCCGUGACGAAGCGGCUGCGGCAGUAUCGACGCGUAUGACCGGCGGCCCCUCCUCGACACCGUCAUCGGCAUCAUCGUAAACGCGAGAAAAAGCACAGAGAACAAGAAGAAGAAGAAGAAGAAGAAGAAGAAGAUCAAGGUCGAAGCGGUGCAGCCAUGGUGGAGAUCGUCGCCGAGGAGAGCAGCGUCAAGGAGCGCCGUAACGCCUACUCCACUGGAGCAGAUUCCCUGCACCGAGACCGUCAUCAAAACCACAGCAACGUGGCGCCGACGAUGUUGGAGCCCACCACGGCGAGUGUGCCAGUCAACGCCGGCUUCGCUACAGCUCUGCGUGAUCACAUCCCCGCAUUUUCGACACACCAGCCGAACAGGUCUCUUCCUCUCCACCCGCCGCCGCCGCUUCCACGUCGCAAGGCCACCGGUUACCCUGUUCUCUACGCGGCAGCCACUCCGAAGCUAUCGGCGAACGACAACAACGACUUGGUGGCAAUGAUGUCAAAAGGUCAGGACAAGGGUGUCGAGGAUGGGCAGGACGAUAACGAUCAUCGGCAGCGCAACGGAGACGAAGAACCGACAGUUCCAGACAAUAGUUGCAGCGAUCGAGAAGAGAGCCACCACCGGGACGAACAGCAUAGGGGACCGGAGAGCCGGAAUGGCGUCAUCGUCGAGGCGUCAGGCAGCAAGGAAGAUUCCCUCCCGCCAAUCGCCGGGUCCACUGCCAAUGGUACAAUCAGCCCGAGUCCGGCAAACGGCCUGUCCCCGAACAUGAUGCCCCCGAUCUUGCUGAAGAAAAUCGACGACAACGAGCCGUCCUUCUCCUCCCCCACGUCGGCUCUGGAAGCCCUCCAGCAGAUAGCCACGGUAGCCUCCUCGACCGUGUCACCCGGCAAGGACAGCCAAGGUGAACGCCCGAGUCACCCCGAGCCCGAGGAGUGCCGCCAGCUGCACGGCUACUGCGUGAUCGGCAAGCCCGGAGACGAGCUCGCCAAAGCAGACCCGAGCAACCCCGUCUCGCCGAUGAUGUCCGUCGUCGCUUGCAUGCCCCCGCCGACCACCAACGCCACGGGCCAGACCAAGAGCAUCGAGAUCACGAUACCCUCGGUGCCGGAGCUCGGCAUCAAGGAGACCAGGACCGAUCGCAUCGACCUGCCGCCCGAGCUCACCACCUCCAAGCCCUACUUCAUCAAUUACUUCCUCGACAGUGGCAAGCAUCCGGGGAACAAUGUGGGGAUACCCGUGUUCUUGGAGGAGGCGAAGCAGCAGCCCGACCCCCCUGCGAGCGACCCGAGCAACGAGGACGUGGACGAGGUGCAGAUCCUGGAGACGACGCCGAGUGCCGCGGUGGCAGCCAAGUGCGAGGGCGUGAACGCGGUCAGAUCGGUCGAGAGGAAGCGCGAGUGGUUGGGUACGCGGCAGAGUAUGCGCGAGAGGUUCCGCAAGAUGCACAGCAUGGCGAGCGACGCCCGGAUUCGGGUGUUCACCUCGUUGCAGGGAUUGUCCAAGGAUUGCCCGGAGCGGGCGGAACUCGUGGAGGCUAUGAAUGAUUGCGAGCAACGGCAGAGCUACUACGCCGGUCUGAUGAUGAGGCUAGACCAGGUCACGAGCCAGGCCAAGUUCGACGCGUUUUGCAAGGAACUCGAGGGGGAGAGGGCCAAGUUCAUAACGGUCCAGAGGUCCCAGUUUGCCGAGGGAGCGCUGCUCCAUCCGCCGAAGGACGCCCGCUUGGGGUACGGAUCCGUCGUUGGGUGGGUGUUUUCACGGACAAGAGUCCUGGUUAAACAAUUGCAGACAACGACGUCGGUGAUCGUCGAACCGGCCGCCACGAACGACAGCCUCGUCACAAGCACCACCCGCAGUCGGAAAAACACAGCAGGAAGCGACGAGAGCGUACCCCGGACCAUGCCGGCGUCACCGAGCAACAAGCGAGCCCCGGUCCAGCAGCGCUCCAACUCGUCGACCUUCAUGAUAGACGAGCUCAACUCUCGGCCCUCGGUCUACCCGCUCCACUCGCGCGAGACCCUCCAGGGGGCUCGCGCGCUGCCCAACAGUCCCCGCGAGGCUCUCGCCGCCAACUUUGCCGAGCACCCGCCGCCCCAUUACCACUACACCCAAGUUUACGGCGGCAACGGGGGCGCGGUUACCGAGGUGCAGGCGACCGAGCACCAGCCGAGGCAGUACCAGCAGGCUGGUGAGGAGCAGGUGGUGGGGACGACGAAGGAGGACAGGAGGCCCCUGGAUCUGGCGAUCAAGGGCAACAGCAAGAGACCGAGCAACGCUCCCAUCGGGGCUAACGCCGACGAGAAGAAGAAGAGGAAACGCGAUCAAACAUUGGAAUGUAUAUCGGGUCUAAUGGGAAAAUUUGCAAAUUACUGGUAA